AUCAAACUCGAAAAUAAUCGGAUUUCAGCAAGCUGCGACUGUACACUUAAAAUUUAAAAAAAAAUCUGUACCCAAAAUCGAAAUUCUUAGGCUGCUAUGCAAGGAACGAGGGUUCAAUCUGUAGUUGAAAUCUUCAAAAUUUGCAAUUUAUUUCCCACAAGCUAUGGCCAAGUUGACUUCUAUAUCUGAGUACGAUUAUAGAGAUCUAGACUUCAACAUGACAACUGUGGCGAUGCGAUCGACCACCGCACCACCGGAUACUAACCUUAAGGUCUAUGGACUUUUAUUCAUAUUAGUCGUCAUUGUGGGCUUCAUUGUGGUGUGCACUGCAUGUAUGGCCCUUCUCGUCCUUUUUGGUUGCAUGAAGUCCUUUUUCUGUAUUCGCUGUAGGCGGAGUGACGAGUUUACAGAACGGGAUCCCUGACUGGGAUUAAAGUUGCCUUAUCUUAACGGAAAAUUGUGCUAAUAAAGUUGUAUUUUUUGUAUGA